GACAUAGAAGGGAUGCUCAAUAGGGUGAAAGCUACUGCAUAAGGCCUACCCGUGAGGAUAAGCGGGCAGAUAUUAAACCAGUGAAGAGCGAUUGAUCGGCUGUGCAAUCUGACUCAUGGCGUCGGCUGGAAUAUGAUGCAUUGUAGGAGACAGCCAUACGAUGAAUAUGGGGCUAUUUUUGGUAUCUGUAUCGUGAAUUUGACUUUAUUCCUUGGUUAUGCCCAUAAGAUCCAAUGUUUCAUACCCUUAACUUGUUCUUUAUCCGGCAUCCUACCACUAAUUCAAGCUUCAAUUUUAUGUUUUCCAACUCACUUGCUGCCUCGUGCCGCAUCCUUUCCAUAGUCCUCACUCAAUCCAAUGCCAAACACCCUAACCAUUCUAAUUUCGUAUUUUUCAGU